CCCGCCGCAAGAAAAAAUGGAUGGCGGAUCUCUAACUUGUUUUGUAAAUCAUCCUCUUCCACAGGACCCUUCUUGUUUUUUUUAGAGUUCAAUAGUAGUGGUCGCUCUGUCUCGUGUAGAAUCAGUUACUUACACAGACGAGAGAGAAAGAAGAUAUUGUUAGUUUUUAUCUGCUAGGUAGAUGAAUGAAUGAAUGAAUGAAUGAAUCUAAGCCACCGUAGUCUUUAUUAGUUUUUAUCCAAGCCAACAAGUUUCUGAAUCUCCCUUCACUACUUUGGAAAAAAUGUCAGGCCCAACUACUUUUGUUGCGAAUGGCAACAACAUCGGCGCAUAUACAACACAACCUGUCAUAGUUACAACAACUCCUACGACACGACAGAGAAGACAGUGUAUGCACCCAUGCUUGGUUGCUGUGUUGGUUAUUCUUGGCGUCGGAAUCGUAGGUGGCGCAGUCGGGUUGGUUAUUCACUUCACUCGGCCGUCCACGUCCCCCUCUUCACCCAUUACUCCUCCGAGAGGUCCAAAUGCGCCAAGUAGAGGAAUACGAGGUCCAAACACGCCAUCAGGUUCAACGCCACCACGAGUUGCUGGCUCAAAUGGAAUUCCUCCUAUUUUUAUGAGAGGAGGUAAUGGUAAUCGUCAUGCUAAUGUUAAUGCUGGAAACGGCAAUGUUCGUGGAAAUCCGACAAAUGGCAAUCGUGAGCAGGAAGCAGCAGCGCGUCAAGGUCAACGUGAGCAGGAAGCAGCAGCGCGUCAAGGUCAACGUGAGCAGGAAGCAGCAGCGCGUCAACGACGCCAGCAGGAAGCGGAAGCAGCAGCGCGUCAACGUGAGCAAGAAGCGGAACGGCGCGUCGCAAGGUCGCGACGCGAGCGUCACGAGGAAGAGCAGCAACGACGUGAAGAGCAGAGCAGGCGAGAGCGGCAAAGGCAGCAGUCGAUGCAACGCGAUCCCGAAGUUCGCGGACCUGGUCCGUUGGACGAGCUGAUGGAUGAUUUGCUGGGUGAGGUGGGAGAAUUGGAAUCGGCAAUACACGGCCAGAACGCAGGCUUGGACGGACUGAUGCAGUAAGUUUCAAGCUUAUAAUAAAUGUGGUGCGCAGGAGCUGAGGCAAACAAGUCCGUUGUUGAGGUUAUUACUUAAUUGCCCGGUGAUGGUGUGAGCAAGGUGAUUUUCUCUUGACAUGCAAAUAUCAUACAUAGCAACUUGCUCGGCAGAGAAAACGAGCAGGAUGAAAAUGGCUUGAAGUUGAAUUCAAAAAUCUCGUCAUUCUUUUUGAUGGAGUUGCUGGACGUUUGGAACUCAGAAGUGUCGAUUAUUUAUUAGUCCGAGAAGGAGUAAGAAAGUUCGGAAUCUAAAGGUUACAAUGUUCGUUACGAAACGGCUCAGAAUGCGGGUCCAUCUUUAUCAUUUUGUUUUUUUAGUAUCCAUCGAAAUCGUUCUUCAUCUUCCUUGCUUGUGGUUCGCAAAUUAUAAUAGUUUUCUUUCUAAUUUUGUCUAAGUGGAAUGGCAUGCAUAUCAAUCCAUCCUAGGAUUAUACUCAGGCGAUUUACAACUAUUCUUGUAGUUGCAAAGUUUCUUGUCUUAAGUAGUUAAUGUUUGUUCGAACAGGAUACGCUAAGAAAGCUCUCAGUAGUUGCAUUAAGACAGGAGUUCUAAACUUAGUUGUACGCGGUCUUUGUAUGACUUCGAGGAUUCUCUUUGCAUGCGUGAUGAAACAUCGUUGUAUUGGAGCGUGAGUGUCUUAUUUUAUUGUUGGUUUGUGUUGGUUAGUAAGCUUGUGAUGUAGAUGAUGAAAAUGACCGUGGUCGAUUUCUUCUACGUACUCCUGUCGCACGUAGUCAAACAUCCAUAGUGGAGUCAAUCAAUCACGAAACACAAACGUCACACAUCUCCAGCGGGGGAAAUUCCUCGCGUAUUCCCUCGAGAUAGAGCCGCCCAGGCCUCUACCUCUAAGGACCCUGUUGUCAUCAUUUCCACAAAAAUCCACACCCACACCAAAACUUGUAGGAAGUUGAUUCAGGUACAUCCGCAACGCGGAAGCAGUAACCUAAGCGCUAAGAACACUGCGAAAGCACAGGACUAACUAGGGGGCCGUGUUGUAGAAAAACGAAAAAUAACAGGAGAGCUUGAAAAACAACAAAGGCAUCAACAAGCCUGGCCCGAU